UGGCAAAGAAACACAAACAAAAUUUUCACUUCCCAGUUGGUAUCCAAUGUCUCUUUCUCUCUCUACAACCACUUUCUCUGAACCUUUUGGUCUUUUGGCUUCUCUGCAACUUUACUUUGUUGAGCUUUCAUUUACGGAGAGCCAAAAUUGCCUUCAUUUGUCCAAUUCAGAGUCUUUUUUUAUAGAUCUUUGGAAAAAUCUUUUUUUUUUUCCCGUUUCUGUUUCCUUUUUGGGUUCCCAUUUGAUGAGUGAUUGAUCUCGUUUUAGAGGAAACUAAAGAUCGUUUUGUUUUUUUGGCAACAAUGAAGUCUUCAAGUCGGCUUGAAUCGGCUGUUUUUCAACUCACUCCAACUCGGACAAGGUGUGAUUUGGUUCUCUCCGCAAAUGGAAAGACGGAGAAAAUAGCUUCCGGUUUGGUUAAUCCAUUUCUUGCCCAAUUGAAGAUUGCGCGAGAUCAAAUGGCCAAGGGGGGUUACUCAAUUAUUCUUGAGCCAGAGCUUGGAACUGAUGCAACAUGGUUCACAAGAGGAACAGUUGAAAGGUUUGUUCGUUUUGUGAGCACUCCAGAGGUCUUGGAACGCGUGUAUGCCUUGGAAUCUGGGAUCUUGCAGAUUGAAGAGGCAAUUGCGAUUCAAAGUAACAAUGAAAUGAGGUUGGCCAUGGUAUGAUAAAUCCUUGAGAAACUUAUGAUCUGUAAAUCGGAUCCUAUAUUUUGAUUUCAGUCAUUUUUUAUUGCACAGGUCAAAGAUCAUCAAACAAAAUCUGUGGAACACAUUGAAGGUACUGUUGAAGAAGACAUCUUCCAUACCGUUUUUAGUUUUAUGAACUUCAUGUUAACUUUAAUCUAUUUGGAAUGGUUAUACAUUUUAUGCUUGCUUUUCACCCUCAAUUACUGUCAAUUGAU